GGCGGAGUUUCCGGCUGAGAGUCCUUCUAGCCCGGCCGGUGAGUCCGCGGGUGGAAGUCUGUGUGGCGCAGAGGUGGGGCAGGCUGCUUGGCUAGGUAGGCGGUUGGGAGGGUUUUCGUGGCGGGGAACGGAGGCUGAACUGCCCUGCCUGUGCUCAUAGGGAAGGAGGAUGUGAAGGAACUUGUGAAGGCAGAGGAAGAUUACUGAAUAAUAAAAUACAGUUUUGAAAAAAUGGAUGAAGAACCUGAAAGAACUAAGCGAUGGGAAGGAGGCUAUGAAAGAACAUGGGAGAUUCUUAAAGAAGAUGAAUCUGGAUCACUUAAAGCUACAAUAGAAGACAUUCUAUUCAAGGCAAAGAGAAAAAGAGUAUUUGAGCACCAUGGACAAGUUCGACUUGGAAUGAUGCGCCACCUUUAUGUGGUAGUAGAUGGAUCAAGAACAAUGGAAGACCAAGAUUUAAAGCCUAAUAGACUGACGUGUACUUUAAAGUUGUUGGAAUACUUUGUAGAGGAAUAUUUUGAUCAAAAUCCUAUUAGUCAGAUUGGAAUAAUUGUGACUAAAAGUAAAAGAGCUGAAAAAUUGACUGAACUCUCAGGAAACCCAAGAAAACAUAUAACGUCUUUGAAGAAAGCUGUGGAUAUGACCUGCCAUGGAGAGCCAUCUCUUUAUAAUUCCCUAAGCAUGGCUAUGCAAACUCUAAAACACAUGCCGGGACAUACAAGUCGAGAAGUACUAAUCAUCUUUAGCAGCCUUACAACUUGUGAUCCAUCUAAUAUUUAUGAUCUAAUCAAGACCCUAAAGGCAGCUAAAAUUAGAGUAUCUGUUAUUGGAUUGUCUGCAGAGGUUCGCGUUUGCACUGUACUUGCUCGUGAAACUGGUGGCACAUACCAUGUUAUUUUAGAUGAAAGCCAUUACAAAGAGUUGCUCACACAUCAUGUUAGUCCCCCUCCUGCUAGCUCAAGUUCUGAAUGCUCCCUUAUUCGUAUGGGAUUUCCUCAGCACACCAUUGCUUCUUUAUCUGACCAGGAUGCAAAACCCUCUUUCAGCAUGGCGCAUUUGGAUGGCAAUACUGAGCCAGGGCUUACAUUAGGAGGCUAUUUCUGUCCACAGUGUCGGGCAAAGUACUGUGAGCUACCUGUUGAAUGUAAAAUCUGUGGUCUUACUUUGGUGUCUGCUCCCCACUUGGCACGGUCUUACCAUCAUUUGUUUCCUUUGGAUGCUUUUCAAGAAAUUCCCCUAGAAGAAUAUAAUGGAGAAAGAUUUUGUUAUGGAUGUCAGGGGGAAUUGAAAGACCAACAUGUUUAUGUUUGUGCUAUGUGCCAAAAUGUUUUCUGUGUGGACUGUGAUGUUUUUGUUCAUGAUUCUCUACACUGUUGCCCUGGCUGUAUUCAUAAGAUUCCAGCUCCUUCAGGUGUUUGAUUCCAGCAUGUACUAUACAUUGUAUGUGUUAAAAAGAAAUUUGCAACUGUGAAUAAAAUGACUUAUUUAGAAGAAGCUUCAUUUAAAACAUGAAAGGAUAAUCUGACUUAAUAAACUUUUUGCUAAGAAAAGGUAAUAUUUUAUUAAAUUUUACAUUUGUGUUCUGUCACAGAAAUACCUGAAAUUCAGUAGUACUUCAUUCAAUUAAUUUUGUUUUCUAUUAUUUUGAGUUAUACUGUUUUCAAAGUCAUUAUGCAGUAUGUAUAAAUUACUUAUAAUAAUUAAAUUGAUGUGAUAAUUUUAUGUUUUUAUAAUUAAAUAUAGAAUAUGAUUUAUG